AGUGACAUAAAGUCAUUUUCAAACAUAACCCUAUUGAUAUGAAUUAAUUUUAAUUAAAAAUUUCAAAAUUAUCCGUAGAAUUACAGAAACUUCAGCAAAUGAAUAGGUGGAAAAUCUUAAAUUAAUUCAGAAUGUUGUUUUUAACAUUUAUGACCUAUGCUGCUAUCUGUAUCCAGAUAAUUUAUGCUACUGUAGCUAUAGCCUCCGGAUUAUAUUAUUUAGCAGAACUUGUGGAGGAAUAUUCUAGUAUUGCUAAAAAAUGUAUUACUUGGAUUAAUAUCGGUGUAACAAGUUUAUUUAUUCUUUUAUGGCUGCUAGAAGGCUUUCCUUCGCUAAUGAUUGUAUGUGGGAUACUUGCACAAAUUUCCCAUUUUGUGAUUUUGAAAAAUUUUCCGUAUGUGAGUUUCUUACAACCAAGUUUCAUCGUUGCAGUUUUAUUCAUUGUGAUAAAUCACCUGUUAGCUUUCCAGCAUUUUGCUGAUAUGUAUUAUACAUUUUCAGAGGUGCUAGCAUAUUUCACAUUAUGCUUAUGGUUAGUGCCUUUUUCUUUAUUUGUUUCAUUAUCAGCCAAUGAUAAUGUCUUACCUAUGACAAAUGAUAGAACAGAUGGUGACGUAGUAACAAAUUAUUUUUCAAAAAAAGGUAAAAGAUAUGGGCUGCUGUCAUUUUUCAACUAUGCCAAAGAAUCUCUUCUUCCAAUGAGAACAAAAAAAGGAUUUUGAAUAAAUAACUAUUUAAAUGAUGACUGAGACAAUUUGUAAAUAACCUAAAUUGGUGGUAGAUACUUGUACAUAUAUAAAACUAGUUUAAUUUUGAAUUAGUUUUUAUCAACACUAAAAAAUUUGCUCACAUACUCUUGGUAAUGAUAUUAAAUAUUAAUAAGAUU